AUGGCGCCGGCGCAAGCAUAUGUGACCAGUUAUCCCCCGCGGAUCCGUCAAUACGCCAACACCCUUCUCCAACCUGUUCUCCAGACCCAGAAUGUCGCGCCCGCCGGCCGCACCACCAAGCGAGGAACCACAGUUAUCAACUAUGCAGACGACGCCUACGAUGAAGACGACUUUGAAGACAGCGAAGGCCCGCGCCGACCAACAGGUCUACGCUCCUUGCGACGAGAAGAAGUCGAGAAGAAAGAGCCGCAGAAUGAAAAGCUGGGGAGAGAAUUACGGCAUCCCGUGGAUUUGCAGCCCAUAUACAGAGACUGGAUGAUCAGGAGGACGGUGCGGCCCACGACUGAUGCUCAAGCCCAUGUUCAAUCACAGCUCCCACUCACGCUGAUACCUAUACGCAUCGAUCUCGACGUACCGGCACACCAGCCAGAUGCGCCGUUUUCUCUAUCUCGAACCGACGUUGGAGUCAAUCCUUCGCUGCCCAUGUUCAAGAAACCGGAGCCCUUGCCGGGCUACAAGAUUCGCGACAUUUUCUUGUGGAAUUUACACGAAAACUUGUUGACUCCUGAUGACUUUGCUCAGUGUUUCGUACGAGAACUUGACCUCCCCAACCAGACCGCACUCGCCAUGAAUGUUAGCCAGCAGAUACGGACUCAGCUGGAAGACUAUGCUGGCGUCGCUAUGCACCCGCUGUUUCAUACUCAGCAGAAGCGAUCACAGAUGCCAGAUGCGAACAAUGUGCCAACACCAUCGGCGAUGGCUAAUGGGAGCUCUCGUGGAGGGACACCGCGGCCGAUGCGUGGCGCAUCAAUACCUCGACCCGCAUCUACAACACCUGGAACGCCGGCUGUCUCCACACCGAUGCCCAUCACGUUGUCCAACGGCGCGUCAGUAACAGCGGCGGCUUCGCCUCUGCCACCAGUCCCUCAACCUGAACAGUCAGAUGAGUCAGAGGAUCCAUACCUCAACCCGGAUGACACCUACCGCUGCAUCAUCACCCUGUCGAUCUAUCUUUCUUCAAGACUUUACCAGGACAAGUUUGAGUGGUCAUUACUCCACCCGUCUGGCGCGGCGGAAGCUUUUGCGAGGCAGACGUGUGCAGAUAUGGGUCUCGGCGGCGAAUGGGUCAUGGCCAUUACACACGCCAUUUACGAAGCAGUUCUUAGGCUCAAAAAGGAGGCCUGCGAAGGUGGAAUGCUCAUGCUUGGCGGCAACGCAUUCGGCGGAGAGAUUGACAACCAAGCCGUCCGACAUGAGGAAGGUGCUGGUUGGAGAUAUGACAUUGACGACUUCGGUGCUGAAUGGGAACCAAAAUUCGAAGCACUGAGCAAGGAAGAGAUUGAGAAGAGAGAAGGCGACCGCGAACGGCAGCUCAGGCGGCUGAGACGGGAAACCGCCAAAUUCUCAUCCACGGCAGGAAUGGUCCCGUCUGCGCGAGAACAAGAAGCUCAACAGAGAGGCAGCUAUUUCGACUAUGCGAAUGUCGGCAAUGGCGGUACGGGUGAUGAGACACCGCAGAUGGGUCGCGGCGAGAGGAGCAAGAAGAAGAGACGGUUUAGGUCGCUGUCUCCAGUCGCGAAGGCGCAGACUCCAGAGGCAGGAAGCUCUGCUGGCGCGGGCUGGGGAGGUGAGGGGAACAGGUUACAAGAGUAUGAGAGGCAGAACUGGAGGUGUAAGCACUGCCUGAUCUGGGGCAGCGCUGUGUGGGCUGUGAGGGAUGGGCCAUUAGGUCCCAGAACACUGUGCAAUUCAUGCGGCUUGAUCUACGAGCGGGACAAGAAGCUGCCAGUAUGGAACGAAGGACUGCACAAGCACACGAUCCCUCUCGGUCGGUAA